AUGCAGAAGGCGGGCGGGCCGAAGGAGCGCCUCUACAAGCUGCUGGUCAUCGGCGACCUGGGCGUGGGCAAGACCAGCAUCAUCAAGCGCUACGUCCACCAGAACUUCUCGCCCCACUACCGGGCCACCAUCGGCGUGGAUUUCGCCCUCAAGGUGCUCACCUGGGACCCGGAGACGGUGGUCCGGCUCCAGCUCUGGGACAUCGCCGGUCAGGAAAGGUUUGGCAACAUGACCCGUGUCUAUUACCGAGAAGCAAUGGGAGCAUUUAUUGUCUUUGAUGUGACAAGACCGGCAACUUUUGAAGCCGUAACCAAAUGGAAAGAGGAUUUAGACACUAAGCUGACUCUCCCCAGCGGCCAACCUGUGCCGACAGUUCUCUUGGCAAACAAAUGCGAUCAAGGCAAAGACGUCCUUGUGAACAACGGCAUGAAGAUGGAGCAGUUUUGCACGGAGAACGGCUUUGUGGGAUGGUUCGAAACUUCGGCGAAGGAAAACAUAAACAUUGAUGAAGCUUCCAGGUGUCUGGUGAAACACAUCAUUGCUAGUGAGAGCAACCCAAUGCAGCCCAUUGAACCGGACAUCGUUAAACCCCACUUGAAUUCCUCCAAACUCGCCAGCUGUUCAGCUUGCUUUAAACCCUAAGCAAUUUCCAAGCUGUUCGCGGACAUGGGAACUGAGCAAAUAACUCGUGAAGAAAAUUUCUACCCCAGUGCAUCUGCCCAUAUUCGGCUGCUCCCAGCCGCAAACUGAGAUCUGAAAAUGUGCAGCUCUUCCAAAUACGCAGAUGAAAAAUAAUUCGAGUUGCUCGUUUGUUCUGUGGCUAGGUCGUGCGAGAGUUUUUCUGCGAGCAUUUGAUGUUGAUUAUCUGAACUGUUUCUGUGAAUGGCCCGGGUGCUUUC